ACCUGUUCAUGACAAUGUGCGCACGCGCAGUACAACUCAUAGCUCUUGCGAUGUGGGCCUAAUUCUUCAGCAAGAGAGAUUUCCAGACUCCGCCAGGAAAUCAGGAUAAUUACAGGAGGAUGUCUGAGCCACGUAAGAAGGCUGAACAAAUAUUGCAGCUUGAACCUGCAAACGAAUUGGUUUUCUGUGGACCUUUCAAAGAUGUAGUUUCUACUACUCUGACCUUACGCAAUCCAACAGAGAAGGCUGUUGCAUUCAAAGUGAAAACCACAGCACCAAGACAUUACUGCGUGAAACCAAAUAAUGGACUUGUGCCUCCAAAUGAUUUUGUCAAAGUUGAUGUGAUGCUUCAACCAUUCGAAUACAAAACAGGAGAGAACAUCAGACACAAAUUUAUGGUUCAAACAAUGAUUGUCAGCGGCGAUUCUUCAGAUGUAGAGAGCUUGUGGAAGACUAGUGAUCAAAGUCUGAUGAUGGAUUCUAAGUUGAAAUGUGUCUUUGAUGUGCCAACAGAAGCACAGGCAACUGAAGAGGAAGCCCAAUCAACCCCAAAACCGCGAGAGCCCGCAACAGUUGCUCAGAGUACGCUUCAAACAACAACAACAUUUGGAACACCUGCGGCAAACGCCUCCGCCCCAACUUUGCCAGCAAGUGAUGUCUCAGAAUCUGUUAGAAAUCCUUCCACUAACGUACAGCCAAGCCAAGAGCCGCCACUUGACGCAACCACUCCAAAUAACCAACCCCAGACUUCGCCAGUUAAUCAAAAACAGAUUGAUGAACAAUUAGAGGCAAUCAAGACUGAGAAUUUGAAGUUAAAGAAGGAACUCGCUGACUUAAAGGAGGAAGGGCCAAGACAAAGGGUAUCAAAGGAACAACCAACCACUGCCGCUACAACGAUGUCGACCAUGAAUAUGAGUCAAGAAUUAAAUGCCUCUCAGAUAUCGCCGAUUCUGGCAGCCAUAUUGGCAUUGAUUAUUGGAUAUUUGAUUGGAAAAUUUAUACUGUAGACAGUGAAUAGCUUUGAUUGGAAAUCAUGUAUAAGGUGUUUCUGUCCAGGCUUGUUGUAUCAUUAGGUUAUACCAGCAUCAAACGCCUAACGUUGUGCAGAGUGGGAGAUUUAAACAAGCAUACAACUUCACAGAAUGGAAACUUAGCCAAUGCCGUGGAAAUUUUCUUGAUAUUCAUCGUUCUAUUGUUAAGAUAUUUUAUUUUGUUUUAUUCUAAUUUAGAAAAUUAAAAUGCUAUACAGAUACCUAAUUAUGAAAUGUAA